CCCAAGUAAAUCGGAGCCGCCAUUGACAGAUGUGAAGAUCGAGAGCGUCAAUUUCUACAAAAUUUUCUCUUUUCUUCAUCCAACGCGUAUGCUACAGUAGCAUGCACUCGCUGUGCUUCAAUUUCAUCGGAAAAUUGUAUUUCUGCCACUCUUUAGCUGUUCCUAAGCUCGAAUACAGGCAUUUGCUGCAGCGCCGUCGAAGAAUUGGUGGCUUUCCUAAGAGAAUGACUUGUAAUUCGGUUAAAUUCGAGGAAAACGCCGAAACUAAGAGCAGCUUCGGUGUUAUACGUCCAGCCGCAGAAGCUCACGCUGAGGAUGCCAUCGCGGCCAUCAAAGCGGGGAAGGUCAUUGCUAUCCCUACAGACACUCUUUACGGAUUCGCUUGUGACGCUUGUUUGUUGGAAGCAGUCAAUAGGAUCUAUGAGAUCAAAGGCCGCAAGCAUACAAGUCCACUAGCAAUUUGUGUUGGGGAUGUCUCAGAUAUAACCCGUUUUGCUAACACAGAUCACCUUCCCUCUGGCUUACUUGAUGCUCUACUUCCCGGACCUGUCACCGUGGUGCUAAAGCGAGGGGAGUCAAGUAUGCUAGAGAAGUCUUUAAACCCCGGAUUGGAAAGUAUUGGAGUUAGAGUACCUGACUAUGACUUCAUAAGGGUGGUUGCUCGUGGUUCUGGGAGUGCACUAGCACUUACAAGUGCAAACCUUAGUGGACAGCCAAGUAGUGUAUGCAUCAAAGAUUUUGAAGGCUUGUGGGAACAUUGUGCUUAUAUCUUUGAUGGUGGCAUGAUGCCUUCAGGCCGUGCAGGAUCAACUGUGGUUGAGCUUACUAAGCCAGGAAAGUACAAGAUUCUUAGAGCAGGAAGUGCAAAGGAAGAGACAGUUGAAAUCCUGGAGAGGCACGGUUUGGUUGAUGAUAAUAAUGAUGCAACGUUCACAUGACAGAAUCAGUUGCCAUUGGACUGAACAAUGGAGGAUUUUAUACUGUCAUUCAACAGUGUGAUUAAUUAGUUUGUUGUUGAUCCAGAAGACUGCAAUUUAUUUGAAUAAUUUAAACCUUUUAACAGCACAGUUUGUAGCCAAUUUCACAUUGAGAGCUAGGGUUUGUUUCAAAUGUACAUUUGUAAUGUGUUACAAGUAUACAUGUUUAUGUUUAUUGC